AUGGCGGUGAGGCGGCGGCAGAGGCGCGGGCCGGGCGGCGGGCGAGCGCUGCUGGCCGCGGUGCUGCUGUGCGUGUGGUGGCGGGCGGCGGCCGAGCGGCUCCGCUACGCCAUCCCCGAGGAGCUGGGCAGAGGCUCGCUCGUGGGGCCGCUGGCGCGGGACCUGGGGCUCAGCGCGGACGAGCUGCCGGCGCGCAAGCUGCGCCUGAGCGAGGAGAAGCAAUACUUCACGGUGAAUGAGGAGAACGGCAACCUGUACGUGAACGAGAGACUGGACCGGGAGGAGAUGUGCGGCGCAUCUGUGACCUGUUCUGUCAGCUUCGAGGCGCUGGUUCACAACCCGCUGAAUAUUUUCCACAUCGAGGUGUCCAUCGAGGAUGUGAAUGACAACUCCCCGACCUUCCGGAGAGAUACUCUGGACUUCGAGAUCAGUGAAUGGACGUUUCCCGGUGCUCGUUUUCCGUUGGAUACGGCACGAGAUGCAGAUGUAGGAAGCAAUUCGCUGCUGACUUACCAACUCGCCAGCAACCCGUACUUCAGUUUGGCCUUGAAGGAGAACUCCGGCGGAAAUAAACAGCCAGAAUUGGUGCUAGACCAAGUAUUGGACCGGGAGAAGCUGAGUUCCUUUGAACUGGUGCUGAUGGCAGUGGAUGGCGGGGACCCCACGAGGUCCGGGACAGUCCAGGUUCGCAUAAAUGUGACAGAUGCUAAUGACAACCCACCCGUUUUCAGCAAAAGCGUCUACGAGACGAGAGUGGCAGAGAGUCUUCCGGUGGGAUCUCUGGUACUGAGGGUACGGGCCACGGAUGCAGAUGCAGGCUCGAACGCGCAGGUCUCCUACUCCUUUGGCAACGUUCUGGACGAAGUCCCUUUGUUGUUCACUGUCGACGGCAACAACGGGGAAAUCAGGACAGCGGGUCUCCUCGAUUUUGAGGGAGAAAAUAAAUAUGCCUUCAGUCUGGUGGCAAAAGACGGUGGGGGGCUCAGCUCUCACUGCGAAGUGCAGAUCGACAUCACAGAUGAGAAUGACAACGCGCCCGAGAUCACCAUUCUAUCCCUGUCCAGUCCCGUGCCCGAAGAUGCCCCAGUGGGCACCGUGGUGGCUUUGCUAAAAGUAGUGGACAGAGACUCCGGCGAGAACGGCCAGGUGUCGUGCGAGCUGUCGGGGGAGGCGGCGCUGUCGCUGGUGGCGUCGUCGGGCGGCUCGUACAAGGUGGUGACGGCGAGCGCGCUGGACCGCGAGCAGGCGUCGGAGCAGCGCGUGACGGUGGUGGCCCGGGACCGGGGCAGGCCGUCGCUGUGGAGCAGCAGGGAGCUGGUGCUGGAGGUGUCGGACGUGAACGACAACGCGCCGGUGUUCGAGGAGGCGGCGUACAGCGCGUACGUGGCGGAGAACAACGCGGCGGGCGCGCUGGUGCUGCGCGUGCAGGCGCGGGACGCGGACGCGGGCGCCAACGGGCGCGUGAGCUACUGGCUGGCGGGCGGCAGCGCGGGCGCGGCGGGCGCGGCGCCGCUGGUGUCGGUGGAGGCGCGGAGCGGCGCGCUGUACGCGCAGCGCUCCUUCGACUACGAGCAGUGCCGCGAGUUCGCGGUGGCCGUGCGGGCGCAGGACGGCGGCGCGCCGGCGCGCAGCUCCACGGCCACGGUGCGCGUCUUCGUGCUGGACCGCAACGACAACGCGCCGCGGGUGCUCUGGCCGGCGGCGGCGGCGGCAGCGGGAGAGGCGUCGGCGGGAGGGGCGGCGUCUCCGUUCGAGGUGGUGCCGCGCUCGGCCGAGGCCGGCUACCUGGUGGCCAAGGUGGUGGCGGUGGACGCGGACGCGGGGCGCAACGCGUGGCUGUCGUACGAGCUGGUGCAGGCGUCGGAGCCGGCGCUGUUCCGCGUGGGGCUGCACAGCGGCGAGGUGCGCACGGCGCGCGCCGUGUCCGAGCGGGACGCGGCCAAGCAGCGUGUGGUGGCCGUGGUGAAGGACCACGGGCAGCCGGCGCUGUCGGCCACGGCCACGCUGCACGUGGUGCUGGCCGAGAGCUUGCAGGAGGCGCUGCCGGAGCUGAGCGAGCGGCCGGCGGGCGCCGAGGCGGAGGCGGCGGCGGCGGCGGCCGAGCUGCAGUUCUACCUGGUGCUGGCGCUGGCGCUGCUGUCGGCGCUCUUGGUGGUGAGCGUGGCGCUGGCCGUGGUGGCGCGGCUGCGCCGGGCCGGGCCGCCCGCCGUGCUGCGCUGCCUGGGCGCGCAGCGCUUCUCGCUGGCCGGCGCCGCCUUCCCGGCCGACUUCUGCGAGGGCACCUUGCCCUACUCCUACAACCUGUGCGUGCCACCGCCGGCGCGCGACGUGCCCGAGGCCGUUUGGCCACCGCCGUUGCCGGUGCCGUCGGUGCCCGUCCUGUCGGCGGAGGAGCUUCUGGGCGGCGAUUCCUGCGAGAAGCCGAGCCCGAGCAGUAACGUCGUCGUGGGAGAGCCGCCCGUCCAUGCUGGUGCACUGCAGGUGUGUAAAGCUUGA